UUAUUCCCAACGCCUAGUCUUAAUAAGCACGCCAAACUGCCGUUGAGAGCAGACCGCCUGUCUGCGUCUCCAAACAAACCCCAAUUCCCUACCUUCUCAAUAUUCCAUCUCUGAAACAAAACGAAGAAGACGACGAAGAAGAAGGAGAAGGUUCGAGAAGGCACAAACUGACUGCGAUUACAGAGGCAUAAACAAGAAGCGAUUUUCAAUUUUGGAAGAUCGACCUCUGUUUUCGUGUUGGUGGAAAAUGGAAGUGCCAAGCUCAUGGGACGCGCUUCGCAAACAGGCAAGGAAAAUUGAAGCUCAGUUGGAUGAGCUGAUGCAUUCUUAUCGUAAGUUUGUCUCUGCAAAGGGUACUGCAAAAUUUGACACUGCAGAGAAUGAUCUUGAAUCUGGGAUAGAUAGACUAUUAAAGCAACUGCAACAAGUAAAUUCGCAAAUGCAAGCAUGGGUAUCAUCAGGAGGAUCAGAAAUGGUUUCACAUACCUUGACUAGACAUCAAGAAAUUUUUCAAGAUCUCACUCAGGAGUUCUAUCGUCUCCGCUCCAGCUUUAGAGCUAAGCAAGAGCAUGCUUCACUCCUUGAGGAUUUUAGGGAGUUUGAUCGAACAAGAGUAGAUUUGGAAGAUGGUGUUGGCUCUGCAGAAAAUGCUCUCCUUAAAGAGCAUGCUGCUGUUAGUCGAAAUACAGGACAGAUGGAUACUGUAAUCUCUCAAGCUCAAGCAACACUCGGUACGCUUGUUCUUCAACGUUCAACUUUUGGUGGUAUUAAUUCAAAGCUCAGCAACAUUGGCAGCCGCCUUCCAUCGGUAAAUCACAUCCUUGCUGCUAUAAAGCGUAAAAAGUCCAUGGAUACCAUCAUUCUUUCUCUUGUCGCUUCCGUAUGCACAUUUUUAAUAUUUAUCUACUGGUUGACGAAGUGAGGAUAGGAGAGGAACAGGCAUUUGUGUUGGGAGUUCAUGUGCAUUCCAGGCUCUUGCAUGUUCCUUUAUUGGGUUUGAGUGUCAAUUUUAGUUUCGAAUUUUCAGCGGGGUUACAGCAUGGCACUGGCGUAAUAUGUAAGUGAUUGGAUAUAUUAAUACAUAAUUUUCUUUUCCAGAAAUAGUUUGUGUUUUUUUUGUCUUGAAUAAUAUCACAGUCCGUGGCGGGGCGUGCCCAGUCGAAAGAGAUGGAAGCAUAGUUGUAUGAAAUUUUGUGAAGGAAGCCAGCACAACACAGAAUGAGAAACCUUGUUAGAUAUGUUUUCCUUCACUUUACAAAGACAUUCCAUGAUUAUGGUUAGAACUCAAUUAGUAAGAGGAAGAAGGUUGAUGCCAUUGUUCCCAAUAUGUUUCCUCAUCAAUGUUCUCUUUUAAUCACUAAUCACAAAUCACUUGUCUA